CUAGCCUGAGGCCGGGGGAGGGCCGGACUGUAGCUAAAACCUAGGAGUUCAGAAGCCUCCGCUGGGAACCCGCCCCGCCGGGCGUGGGCCCAGCACUGCGGCCAUGCCCUCCUCCUUGCUGUGGGCAGUGGACCUCUUUGGGAGAGUGUAUACCCUGUCCACAGCCGGUCAGUACUGGGAGCUUUGCAAGGAUGUCCAGCUGGAGUUCAAGAGGGUCAGCGCGGCCACCCAGUGCUGCUGGGGCAUCGCCUGCGACAACCAGGUCUACUUGUACGUGUGUUCCAGUGACGUGCCCAUCCGCCGCCGAGAGGAGGCCUAUGAGAAUCAGCGCUGGAACCCUAUGGGAGGCUUCUGCGAGAAGCUCCUGCCAAGUGACCGCUGGCCGUGGAGUGACGUGAGUGGGCUCCAGCACCGGCCGCUGGAUGGGGUAGCACUGCCCUCGCCACACUGGGAAUGGGAGUCAGACUGGUACGUGGAUGAGAAUUUUGGAGGGGAGCCCACCGAGAAAGGGGGGUGGACAUACGCUAUGGACUUCCCCGCGACCUACACUAGAGACAAGAAAUGGAAUUCAUGCGUGCGGAGGCGGAAGUGGAUCCGGUAUAGGAGAUACAAAUCCCGGGACACCUGGGCCAAGAUCCCCUCAAAGGAUGACCCCAGUGACCUCCCUGAUCCCUUCAAUGACCUGUCUGUGGGAGGAUGGGAGAUCACAGAGGAACCUGUGGGCCGCCUGUCAGUGUGGGCAGUGUCCCUGCAGGGAAAGGUGUGGUACCGAGAGGAUGUGAGCCACCCCAACCCAGAAGGCUCCUGCUGGUCUCUUGUGGAAACCCCAGGGGAGGUGGUCCAGAUCAGCUGUGGGCCCCACGACCUUAUAUGGGCCACCCUCUGGGAGGGGCAGGCUCUGGUCAGAGAAGGAAUCUGCAGGAACAACCCAAAAGGAAGUUCCUGGUCGAUAGUGGAGGCUCCUGGGUCUGAAAAUGGCAUCAUGCAUGUCUCCGCGGGAGUCGGUGUGGUCUGGGCCAUCACAAAGGACCGCAAAGUGUGGUUCCGGAGGGGCGUCAACUCCCACAACCCCUGUGGCACCAGCUGGAUCGAGAUGGUCGGAGAGAUGACCAUGGUGAACGUAGGGCUGAAUGACCAGGUCUGGGGUAUCAGCUGUGAGGACCGGGCUGUCUACUUCCGGCAGGGUGUUACCCCCAGUGAGCUCAGCGGAAAGACGUGGAAGGCCAUCGUCGUGGGCCGAGAAAGUGACCGGUCACACUCUGGCAGCUCCUCCAGUCUCCUCAGUGCUGGCUGCUUCUUCGGUGACGAGGUGAGAGGCAGUGGCACGGAAUCCGCACCCAGUGACACCGACGCCUCCUCGGAAGUCGCCUCCUCGGAAGUCGAGAGACAGGGCCCUGAACAGCCCCUUCCUAGAGAAUCUCUGGACAAUUCCGGGAACCUCGAAGGGAGCUUGUCCAGGGGCCAGGACACCAGCGGUGGCCCUGAGCACCCCACAGAGAACGCCUGCUUGGCUGAGGGCGAAGAAAAGGCUCCCGAGACCUCUGGCUCUGAUGAGCGCCGUGGCCCGGCCUCCACGCCAGCCGAGCUACCCUGGACCAACAUCGACCUAAAGGAACCCAAGAAGGCAUCCAGCCAGCCAACCGCUGGCUUUCCUGAGGCUUCGGGCCUUUCCGCCCUGGGGCCCUUCCCGCUGGGCAUGGAAGAGCCCUAUGGGGCAGACGAUCAUCCUCUGUGGGCCUGGGUGUCCGGAGGUGGAUGUGCAGUGGAGGCAGGCUCUGCUCUCAAGUGGUUUACUGUCCAGUCGGGCCUGUCCCCCUCAGUGCAGUCGCUGUCCCUGUCCAUCACGCCCACCCAGACUGCUGCCUGGAGGAAGCAGAUCUUCCAGCAACUCACAGAACGGACCAAGCGGGAGCUGGAGAGCUUCAGGCACUAUGAGCAGGCUGUGGAGCAGUCGGUGUGGGUGAAGACUGGGGCCCUGCAGUGGUGGUGCGACUGGAAGCCCCAUAAGUGGGUGGACGUCCGCGUGGCCCUGGAGCAGUUCACGGGGCAUGACGGGGCUCGAGACAGCAUCCUCUUCAUCUAUUACGUGGUCCAUGAGGAGAAGAAGUACUUACACGUGUUCCUGAACGAGGUGACUGUGCUGGUCCCCGUGCUUAACGAGACCAAGCACUCCUUUGCCCUCUACACCCCCGAGAGGACGAGACAGAGGUGGCCCAUACGCCUGGCUGCCACCACGGAGCAAGACAUGAAUGACUGGCUGGCCCUGCUCAGCCUGUCCUGCUGCGAGAGCCGGAAGGUCCAUGGACGCCCGUCCCCGCAGGCCAUCUGGUCUGUCACUUGCAAGGGCGACAUCUUUGUGAGUGAGCCGAGCCCAGAUCUGGAAGCCCGUGAACAUCUGCUGCCCUGCGACCAGAUGUUCUGGCGACAGAUGGGAGGCCACUUGCGGGUCAUAGAGGCCAACAGCCGAGGUGUGGUAUGGGGCAUUGGCUAUGACCACACCGCGUGGGUGUACACAGGCGGCUAUGGCGGCGGCUGCUUCCAAGGCCUGGCCAGCAGCACCAGCAACAUUUACACGCAGUCAGAUGUGAAGAGCGUCUACAUCUAUGAGAACCAGCGUUGGAACCCUGUCACGGGCUAUACCAGCAGGGGUCUGCCCACUGACCGGUACAUGUGGAGUGAUGUCACGGGGCUACAGGAAUGCACAAAGGCCGGCACAAAGCCGCCAUCCCUGCAGUGGAGUUGGGUCUCUGACUGGUAUGUGGACUUCAGUGCCCCCGGAGGCACCGAUCAGGAAGGAUGGCAGUACGCCAGCGAUUUCCCUGCCUCCUACCACGGAUACAAAACCAUGAAGGAUUUUGUCAGGAGACGGUGCUGGGCCAGAAAAUGCAAGCUGGUGACCAGCGGGCCGUGGCUGGAGGUGGCCCCCAUUACCCUCAGCGACGUGUCCAUCAUCCCAGAGAGUGCAGAUGUUGAUGGGAGAGAACACCACAUUGCACUGUGGGCCGUUAGUGACAAGGGCGAUGUCCUGUGCCGCCUGGGUGUGUCUGAACUCAACCCCGCGGGUUCCUCCUGGCUGCAUGUUGGCACUGACCAGCCCUUCGCCUCCGUCUCCAUCGGAGCCUGCUAUCAGGUGUGGGCUGUGGCCAGGGAUGGCUCUGCAUUCUACCGGGGCUCUGUGUCUCCCUCCCAGCCAGCUGGUGACUGCUGGUACCACAUUCCAUCUCCUCCCAAGCAGAAGCUGACACAGGUGUCUGUGGGCCAGACAUCCGUUUAUGCCUUGGAUGAAAAUGGGAACCUAUGGUACCGAGCAGGGAUCACUCCCAGCUACCCGCAGGGCUCCAGCUGGGAGCAUGUGUCCAACAAUGUACGCAAAGUUUCUGUGGGGCCGCUGGACCAGGUCUGGGUAAUUGCCAACAAAGUCCAGGGGAGCCACGGCCUGAGCCGGGGGACGGUGUGUCGUCGCAUGGGCGUCCAGCCUCGGGAGCCCAAGGGACAGGGCUGGGACUAUGGCAUUGGUGGAGGCUGGGACCACAUCUCUGUCCGGGCCAAUGCCACCAGGGUCCCCAGGAACGUGUCCAGGGAUCAGGAGGCCCACGGUCCGGGUCCCGUUUGCUGCUGAGACCACUCCUCACCUGGAGGCAAGGAUGGUUUGAGCCUGAAGGACGAGGACUGAGCCUUUCUUGUGCAGUCUGGGAGGGCGUCACCCAGGACCACCCCCACACACAGGGAGUCAGGCCAGAGUCAGCCAUUUCUGCAGCACUGGCAAAAUCCCAGAGAUGUGAAACUGCGGGGGCACUCCCGAAUGCGUUCUGAGUCUGUAGGGAAGAGCCAAGACAACUCUCCGGGCCUCAGCCCCGGGGCCUGCCUGCAGUGCCUCACAUCUUGCCAGGCCAGGAACUCUGCCCUCCAGAAAUUCUGGCCCUAGAGAGGCAGAGGCAGGGGAGGACCCUUCCACACCUGGAGACCCCAAAUCCCCUCCAGGAGAAAUAGCUGUGGGGUCCAGGUCUGCAGGCCUCAGUCUGGCCAUUCCUCAGCAGGUUUUCCAAAUGGAGUUUUGCCUCAGAAGUUCAGCAAAGGGCUGGAUGCCUGUAGGCCCGGCACUCAGGAGAGUGAGGCAGGAGGAUUGUGAGUUUGAGACCAUCCAGAACUACAUAGCAAGACUGUCACAAAAAUACAUAUCUAGAUAAAUAAGCCAGGCAUGACAGUGUAUGUCUGUACUCUAUUGGUGAAGGCAAGAUUAGAACUUCAAGGGCAUCCUCAGGCUCCAUAAUAAGUUUGAGGCCAGCCUGGGCUACAUAUGAUCCUGCCUCAACAAAACAAGAUGGGUACAGGUUUUCUCCUGGAGGGUUGGGGUUCCCUCAUGUGAUACACUGGAAGGUAGUUUUCUUGUAGAGAAUCACCACUAUGAACUCCAACUUAGCCCCUCUUUCAAAGAUGGAGGUCUCCUUGCACAGGAUGGCCAGGACUGGGUGGGGGCAGCUUGCACCCUGAAUUUGAAGGAAGAAAUUUGUGCCCUGUGGAGAGGCUAUGGCCUGAAUCCAGGCUGUCUUUUGCUCCACGGCUGGGCAGAAGGUACCUUCUGCCCUAAGAUGACAAUGCUAGCAUGCCCCGUGUGGCCCAGCAGGCGACGCCUCGUGUCUCAGACACUGGUCAGGAGUAGCAGAGCCAAGCCUUUCUCCACUUACGCUGAAAGAGGACAGGCCCCUAACUGGUUUGCCCCAGAACCCUCCCUGUGUGAUGCUGUGGUCAGGAGGGGUAUCCCCAGAAGCUAAGAGGAUACUGCUCUGGGGUCCCAUCCCAAGGACAUGAGUGGUCCCGUGUCCUCCGCAUUUCCAGAGGUGGGACCAGACAUGCCCCACGUGCAGAGAGGCGUCAAGAGGUCGCUCGCCCUCAUGCCAGUGUCAGGAUUCCAAGGGGGCAUUGGGGUUGUCCCCAGCAGCUGUGACUUCUGUCUUCUGCACUUGGUUCUCAGCCGAGUCCCACCAGGGUGUCACCAGGGUGACGUGUCACAUCCUCUCUCUGCUGAGCACCAACCCUUCAGCCCCUCAGUGGCACCAAGCCAGUGUCUCCCCAGAUGUUCUAUUUAAUAAACAUUUAUACCACGGAA